AAAAUAAAUCCCUUUAAUAGGGAAUGCAAAAUGGUUUAAAAACCGUCCCCUUGAACUGUGAAAGGGAAAAUCGUUUUCCGCAUUGCAUUUAAAAUAGAGAAUGAUGCGUUACCCAGGUCUGCAUUUGUAACAGUGUCUAUGUGCGCGUUACUUGCGCGUCCUUUCGGUGAGAUGAGCGAGGUGCCAUUCAAAGGCUCGUGACAAACCGUUUUCUCCGAAGCUAAGCUAGCUAGGGGAAAGGGCUUUCUUCGUCGUUCUCCUCGUUUUAUAGAAGUCUAUCUUUGUACAGCGAGACACUUCAAACCGGCUUGCGUUACUUGGACAUAACUGCGCAAACCUUACAACGUGAAUGUGGAGGCUAUAAGGAAGGUCCUGACCCCCAUGAAAUGUCCUUCUUAAUACAGAAUUAAAACAAAUGCGUAUAAACAAAUUUUGUAAGAAUGUAAAUUGUAUGGACGACAGGACCUUCCUCACAGCCUCCAUACUCACGUUGCAAACUUUGAAGCGAUUCGAUGGGCCCAGUUAAAAGAAAAGUUUCAUAAACGAGACCUCUUUGACGCCACUUUCACAUCCCCUUAACAAUGAUAGUACAGAUAAAGUUAGCAAUGGAUUAUUUUCCAGCUCCAGGGAGAAUCGAGGCAGGAAGUCGGUGUCAUGAAAACGGACCAGGGAGGUGAAAGAAGUUCCAGUCAGUCCCCUAGUAUGGAGAAUCGGCUGAGAAGUCCGAAAUGUGCGAGGUGCCGGAAUCAUGGCAUCAUUUCCAGUCUGAAAGGUCACAAGAGGUCCUGCGCUUGGAAGGAUUGCCGAUGUCCAUGUUGCUUGUUGGUGGUCGAAAGACAACGCGUAAUGGCUGCCCAAGUAGCAUUGCGUAGGCAGCAACAGGCACUAGGGAAUUGUGUUCCUGAUGCCCUCUUGACACCCUCGGUGGUGGGGAACGAGCAGCCUCCAGUAAACUCCCAGCAACGAGCCACGGUCGCCUAUCAAAGGAGGCUGAGGAACUUCCAGAGGCAUCAGCUGCAUCUCACGCAGACCAGGAUCAGCGUCACCCAGGAUUUCCAAAGCCUGAACGCAGUCCCGAGCCUGCAAAACGCCUGUAGGCAGUCAUUGUAAUAUAAAAUCUAAGGCGACAUGAAAGGGUCAUCCCCUAUAUAAUCGUUUUAAAUUACGCCACGA